GGGCGAUGGAGGCCCCAAGGACAUUAGCGCCCGAGCCGUCCGCCCGAUCGCUUCCCUGGGUGCGAGGGGUCCUUUUGAAGCUGUGGCUGUGUGAACUCUGGCUACUACUACUGGAUUCCGGUGUGAACGCGAAACUUUUGCCUCACGAAGAGGAAGUAUAUUUUAUCAAUGAGUACGUGAACCUCCACAAUGAGCUCCGGGGCAACGUCAUCCCCCGAGGGUCUGACUUGCGCUUCAUGACUUGGGAUGUAGCUUUGUCACGGACUGCUAGAGCAUGGGGGAAAAAGUGUUCACGUGAGCAUAAUCCUCAUUUAAAAGAACAAAGCAUGGCCCAUCCUAAAUUUAAUGGUAUUGGUGAAAAUAUAUGGAUUGGUCUUGAAAAUGAAUUUACUGCAAGUAUUGCUAUCAGAAGUUGGUAUAAAGAGAACAAAAGGUACCAUAUUGAAAAUGACAGUUGCUCUAGUGACUGUUCUCAUUAUAAACAGCUUGUUUGGAACACAUCUUACAAAAUUGGUUGUGCUGUUACUCCAUGUGCAAGAGUUGGAAAUAUUAGACAUGCAGCAGUUUUCAUUUGCAACUAUGCACCAGGAGGAUCUCUGUCGAGAAGGCCUUAUACACCAGGAAUAGUUUGUGCUCAAUGUAGCAGAUAUGACAGAUGCACAGAUUUUCUAUGCAGUAAUGCAGAUCGUGACGAAGCCGUAUAUUACCAAUUUUGGUAUCCAAGAUGGGAAGUUCCCCGGCCAAUUGUGUGUGACCCACUGUGCUUAUUGGUCUUCUUUCUGAGAACGCUAUGUUUCUCAGUAUGUGUCACAAUUGUUUUGAUAAUACAGUCUCGGUUUCCAAACAUAUUGUUGGAGGAAGAGAUACUAUUUGCUUCCGAAGUAGUUGAAGAAAAGCCAGAAAAGGUAGAAGGAAGGGAAGAGGGGAUAAAGGAAGAGAAGAUGAAAAUGGAGGAAGAGGACAAGGGAAAGAAGGAAGAGGAAGUGGAGGAAGUGGAGGAAGAGGAAGAAAUGGAGGAAGAGGAGCAGGAAGAGGAGGAGGGGGAGGCAGAGGAAGGGGAGGGGUAAGAUUUACCUCCAUGAUAGGACAAAAGUAUAAUACAAAAAAAAAAAAAAAAGGUGGGCAA